UGCGCAGCUAUUAAGAAAUGAAUUGUUUUGUUUACGUAAAGUCGGUGUACGAUUCAAACCUAGUCUAUGUGAGCUCGACAGCUAGUUUGGCGAGUGGACCUGAACUUUUAUUUGGUCGAAUUGCGAAAUUAGAUUAAGAAGUAAAUAGACACUGACGUCAGUGAAGUAACGUUUGGAUACGUCCGAGGCUAAGAUGAUCGAGGUGGUAGCCUCCAUGUCUCGGGGGCCGGUGUUUCUCGCCGGGGAGCUGCUGGAGUGCCUCAUCACUUUCACGAAUCCGAUGUCUCACCUUUCUACCUCAGCCAGCAGUGAGAUGCUGGCUUGGGCCAGUGCCCAGAUUCACUGUCAGUUCCACGCCAGCGAGAGCCGUGUGGCCCUACCAGCACAGGGGGCCAAGCAGGACGUGCAAGCGGGGAGUGACACUGUACUAAUCCCCAGCAGAGGUGAGCGUGGACAAUGUAUGCUGGACACCCCCCCGAAGAUCCUGUUCUGUGACCUGCGGCUUGACCCCGGAGAGAGCAAAACCUACUCAUACAGUGAGAUCGUGCCCACGGACGGACCCCCCAGUUUUCGUGGGCAGGCAGUGAAGUAUGUCUAUAAGCUGACUAUCGGUUGUCAGCGCGUCAACUCCCCCAUCAAACUGCUCCGCGUGCCUUUCAGGGUCUUGGUGCUGCACGGCAUGCCCGAGCCCCCGUUCCCCCAGCACGAGGAGGUGGCCCCCUCUAACCCCUUUCUGGAAGAGGAGGAGGGGGGCAGGAGGGAUGCUCGGCCCCUGGAGAGAGCGCUGGACAUGCUGAUGAUCAGUACCUCGCGGCGCUGCGCCCAUCUGUUCAACAUCACAAAUAUGCGUGGGAAAGUGGCCAAGUUCUGCAUCUUUAAGACUGUGUACAGACUCGGGGAAGACAUCAUCGGCACUUUCACCUUCUCUGAGGGAGACAUACCCUGCCUGCAGUACUCAGUCAGCCUGCAGAGUGAGGAGGAGGUCCAGCAGCAGUACCAGCGGCGUCCCGGUCAGUCCCUCAGCAUCACGGGCCACGGGCGGCACCUGGAGUCCUGCCUGCACACGGCCUCCUGCCACUUCUCCCUGCCUGUGCCGCUCAACGUCACCCCAGGGUUCAGCACAGACAUCGUUUCUCUGAGAUGGCGCUUGCACUUUGAGUUUGUUACAGCCAGAGAGCCUGUGGAGCCACCAACUGUGCUGCAGAACCAAUCAGAAGUCACGGUGUGGACGGGGGCGGGUCAUGUGGAUGUGGACACCUUCAGCUGGGACCUGCCCAUCAAAGUGCUACCCACCAACCCUGCCCUUGCUUCCUACGUCUCCCAGUUCUCAGGGACCAACAGCAUCAAUAUUUAAGGGCAAAGUGGACCGUGGUGGAGGAGUGUGUGCAUGUGUGUGUGUGUGUGCAUGUUGCAAGAGAAGAACGGUUAAAUUGGGAGGGAGGUGCUGGUUGUGUAUUUGGGAAAAAUUUUAUCUUGCAACAUCUGUUCUGUAUUUUUUUGGCAUGUUUGUUUUGCAGUGCAAUCUGAAUUCCCUUGAUAAGCUUUAUGCAGAAAUUCAUUGAGUCAAAACUAAAGCUCAGAAAAACAUUGAAUUAUGCAAAGUUUGAUUUGACAUGGUUAGAAGUUGAACACAUUUUAAGUGAUUCCACAUUUUUGAUGUAGUCCAAAGCUGUCUGUUUUUCAUGGAAAAGUGUCCAGAAUAGUUGUUUAUUUUUAACAACGGUUUUUAAACGUAUGCAGUUUGUGUAUUUUACUCAAUGAGCCCUGUGACUUUAUGAAAACAUGAAUUGUAAAUUAUGUAUGGGUCAUGCAUUUUCAUUGUCUAAUGGUUUCAAGUCCAAUUAAAAAUGCAAUACGUGAAA